UCAGUCAAAAUUCUCCAGUUAAACGGAGAGAAUUUCUUGGUUUCUGUGUAAACCUUGCAAAAAUAAAAAUGUUGCCUUUCCAAAAAUUCAAAUUUUUCUUUUCUGCAAUAAUAUGCUUAAUUCUGGUGGAAAAUUAUUGUCCAGUUUUUGGCCACAAGUUGGACCUUAGUGACGACGUGAGUGUCACUUGGAACUCGACCGACCCUGUCUGGUUGACCAUGGAGAUGACCGUGGUUGGUGGGGGGUACGUCGCGGUAGGAUUUUCUCCGCAGGGCGCCAUGACCGGGGCAGACAUGGUGCUUGGUUGGGUCGACAAGGAUGGAGUGCCACAUUUGAUGGAUCUCUACGGAAUUGGGAACACUCGUCCACGCCACGAUGAAAGACAGGACUACGAGCUCCUCUAUGGAUCUGAGACUGAUGGAAAGACGACAAUACGAUUUCGUAGAAAAUGGGACACCUGCGACACAGCUCAUGACAUGGCUAUCACUAAUGACACGAUUCGUUUGAUUUGGGCGAUGAGUGAGGAGGAUCCAGUUUACGACCUUCACCCCAACGGCACCCUGUUAAAGUUCUACCCGAAAUACCACGGUGCCGAGCGGCGUGGCGUUAAACGUGUCUAUUUGCGAAAUUCCGCCCACCACGUCCCAUUUCCGGAUGCGCCUGGUGAAAACGAAGAUAACAGCGUCAAAUUUUUUGACAUGAAAAUGGACAACAACUUGAUCGAUCGAGAGGACGAUAUUUAUUUCUGCAAAAUUGCAAAAUUUCCUACACUCGAGACUAAACAUCAUUUAUUCGGGUACCGACCUAUCCUUCAACCCGGCAAUGAGCGAUCUAUUCAUCACAUAAUCAUGUACCAGUGUGUUGUUGGACCCACGGACGAAAACAUGCCGCACUCCGACGGAACUGAUGCCGUUUUCCGGAAAUUCGUCGACCAUCCUGGUGGUCGUUGUUACACGCCAAAUAUGCCCCCAGAAUGGGGACAAUAUUGCACAUCUAUCCCAAUCCUGUGGACGGCGGGGUCAGAAGGAAACAUUUUCCCCCCAAUUGCUGGAAAUCCGUUGGAAGAAGGAGGCUCAGUCUACUUCAUGUUUGAAAUUCACUACGACAAUCCAUCCCUUUCCACAUUUAACGACAGCUCUGGUUUCCGUUUAUUUUACACGUCCAACCUGCGUCAACACGACUCGGACGUUAUCCUUGUCGGCGAAAAAAUCUCGCCUUUCCACGUCGUCCCCCAUGGCAUGGAGUCCUUCACAACAGCAGCACACUGUACCGCCGAGUGCACCCAGCAGACAAUCCCAUCCACCGGGAUUAACGUGACGACCGUCCUUCUCCACACACAUCUUUCUGGGAGGAAAAUUGUCCUCAAACACAUCCGUAAUGGUGUGGAAUUGGCACCAAUUGCACUGGAGAACAACUACGACUUCAACUACCAGCAAGUACGGGUAGUCGACCCUCCUAGGCUUCUUCUUCCUGGGGAUGAGCUAAUCACCGAGUGCGAGUACAACACCGUUGGAAAAAAUAGCCCAGCAUUUGGUGGGCUCGGAACUCGAGACGAAAUGUGUAUGGCUUUCGUCUACUACUAUCCAAGAAUUCCUCUUUCCGAGUGCAAGACUCAGCUUGAAUUCUACUCUUUUCUCAACCCCCUGGGAAUCAUAAACGUCACUGGCGACAUUCUCAAUGAAAUGGAAAUGCCAUAUGCACCUAGGGAAAACCAAUCCACUCAAUACCCCGACAAUCCCUUUUACCUUAAAAACUCUACGUACGACAAACCACUCAACGCCCUUGACGUCAUUUUAAUUUCUCAACCAGAACCCACCCUAGCAAACACGGUUGGCGGUGUGAUUCGAAACUUGAACUGGACCAAAGAUGGGUCCGCCAUUGAGAAAGGAUGGAUAUCCGGAAAACGUUACGCAUUCUGCACGGGCCAACGCAAACAUCAUAUUCCUCUCAAGGAAUAUGUAGUCAACCUUCCAACAAACUAUGAGAAGCAUGUGAUCCUAUUAAUGAAAACUGUUCUGCAUAACGAGAUAAUAUUGGACCAAGAUAAAUACAUUAAUUGGACAUUAGUUAAUUAACCACCUAAAGUAAUCCCACAUAACGGGAUAAGAAUUAUGUAAACAAGCACCACAAUCCACCUACGAAUCAAUAAAACAUUCACCAACUAGGUGAUAAGUUAGAUAAUUAUGAA